CAGUCUGUUCCGACGCGAGUAACCGUUCGCAUCAUUUUACAUCUACGCGCGUUCGUGUCUCGCGUAAAUAAGUCACUUGUUAUGAUCUUUCUUUGAUGAUUUCUAUAUAAUGAUAUUAAAAUGUCAACAUACUGUCGUAUUACUGGCAAGAGCCGUGGUUUACCAAAACCGAAUUAUUUUCCAUUGUUACCGCCAAUCUCUCCUGCAGACGCAAAACGGUUUUGUCGCAUAACUGGAAAGUCAUAUGGACUACCUGCGCAUCACUACAUACCAGUGUUAGUUGGACGGAAAAAAAAAAAAUCUGAUCCUAAGCAUGUAGUGAUAAAUGGAUAUCGGUAUGUAUUUCCAAUAAUUGAUGGAUGUUCAGAGUUAUCUGAUGUAUUAAAAACGAAGUGUACAGAUGAUCGUAAAUAUGUAUACGCGGUGGAUAAGCGUAGAUGUAGUCUCGUAUUUCCAACGAGCUUAGAAAAAGCAGUUAGAGAUGGAGAUGUUAAAGAUGUCAUGAUGUCAGAAACCAGUGAUACAGUACUUCUAAAAUUGCGUAAAGGGAAAACCGUCGAGUUAGAAAUCAAAGAAAUGGAAAUAUCUGGAGUGACAUUAAUGGAAGGCGAAGGGUUUCGGAACAGGCCCAAACAGAAAAAAACCAUCAAAGAAGAUUGGAGAAGAAAAAUAUUUGAAGAUAAAGAAAAAGAAAGCGAUGCUGAACUAGAACAGGAAGAACUUAAAUCGAAACGGAUAACAUUUUCAGCAGGUCAAGGAAAACAAAUCGAAUCUAUUGAAUCUAUACCUAAAAUUAUGAAUACAAAAUCCUUAAGUGUUUCAAACAUAAAAAAUAUUGUUAAACCAACCACGGAAAAUAUAAUUCUUGGAGAAAAUAAAAAUAAUUUAAAACUUCAAACCAAUAUAUUACCAACUCCAAUCUCAAUUGAACCAAAUAUUAUAGAUCUCGGAUCUGCAUUUCCUGGAGUGGUACAUCAGACUUUUCUUAAUGAUACUGUUCUUACUAAUUUACCAAUUAUUUCAGUGAUAUCACCAAUAAAACCUUUGAUGAAUAACUUUAAUAAGCUUCCAGUAAUUUUGCCCGAUAUCAACUCGUGUGCAAUAGAAGAAAUAUUAACUGAAGAUAAUAUAAAUAAAUUGUUAAAAAUUGAAGAAAUUAAUGAACUAAUUGAAAAUAUUCAAUUGGGUACUCAAAAAAUAAUCUCUACUAGUCAAGGUUCGAUUAAAAUAUUUAAAUUAGAUAUUAACAACUCUGAGAAGUAUGUGCCAGGACAAUAUGUAAAAACUGAAGAUGGUGAAAAAUUUGUACCUGGUAAAAUUAUUGACACAGAUAAUGGAAAAUUAUUUGUACGUGGCAUUAUGGUUCAAACAUCAAACGGACCAAAAUUUCUUCCUGGGCAAAUUAUUGAAGAUUCUGGAAAAUCUAUUUUCAUUGCUGGUCAAAAUAUUGUAACGAGAGAAGGAGAAUCAUUUGUUCCGGGACAAACGAUAACAAUAGAAGGUGAGAAAAGAUUUGUGCCUGGACAAACAGUUAUAACUCCUGAAGGUAUUGGUUUUGUGGCCGGACAAGUAGUGAAUACUGGUGAUGAAUCACAUUUUGUUCCUGGACAGACCGUAAUGACUAUUCAUGGGCCACAAUUUGUACCAGGACAAUUUUGGGAUGACGAAAAUAUAAAAUUUACACCUGGACAAAGUGUUUUAAAAAGUAAUAGCGAUUGGGAAUUUGUUCCUGGUGUUUGCGUUGGGUCAUCUUUUAUACCCGGAAUAACAGUUGUCGAAAAAGAAAAAAAAGAAUUUAUUCCAGGAAGAAUAGUAGAAACUAAUAAUGAUACUACUUUUAUACCUGGUAUAACAACUUUAGAUAACAAUGGAAAUACAAAAUUUGUUCCUGGAAUAAGUAUUGAAACGGAAAAUGGAAUAAAAUUUGUGUCUGGAAAUAUUUUAUCGGACAAUGAUGGAAAUAAACAAUUUAUUUUAGGACAUGUAACAAAUUCAGAAGAAGGUGAAACAAUCUUCACAGAAGCAAAGUCAUUAAAUGAAGUAAUUUGUUCUGAUGAAGUACAAUCUGGAAUUUUGACAAACGAUUCAUUUUAUCCAAAAGGUGAAAAAUCUGAUGAAGUUUUUGGACAGAUGGUACAAACCGCUUAUGGAGUAGAAUUUUAUCCAGGUGAUCAAGUGACCUUACCAGCUGGAAAAAUAGUUCCAGGAAAAUUAAUACGAAAUAAUGGUAUUAGAUUCGUUCCAGGUGUUGUAGUUGAUAAUAAAUUUAUACCAGGACAAAUAGUAGUAACAGAUAGAGGAGAGCAGUUUGUACCGGGACAAGUGAUUGAAACUCAAACUGGUCCGAAAUUUGUGCCAGGACAAGUAGUUGAAACAGAAACUGGUUCAAAAUUCGUUCCUGGGCAGACAAUUGAAACCAAAGAUGGAAUAAAAUUUGUACCCGGCCAGAUAGUAGAAACAAAAGCCGGUCCAACGUUUAUACCAGGUCAAAUAAUAUUUACAGAAGAAGAAGGAUCUAGAUUUGUUCCAGGUCAAGUUGUUGAUACAAUAGAGGGUCCCAGAUUUGUACCUGGAAGAGUUGUAGAAACUGGAGAUUGUGUAACUUUUGUACCGGGUCAAGUAGUCGAAACCACUGAAGGUUUGAAAUUUAUUGCUCCAGAUCUUCAAGAUGCAGACGAUGGUGUUUGCGAGUUCAGUGUUCAAGGAUUUGAAGUUUCGCCAGAAGAAUUACAAGUUAUUCAACCCAAUUUUCCUCAAACUUCGUAUUAUACACAAAAUGGUAAAAUGGCUCUAGAUUCGAAAAUGUUGGAACAACUAUCAUUUGCGGGUAUGAGCAUAGGAAGACAAGUUCCAGCAGAACUUCCAGCAGUCGAUGUAAGCACACUUCCGUCAAUGGAAGUGGCGUAUGACGUUGCAGAAAAACUGGAACUUAAUAAUGACAAUACAAUUAAAUUGGCUCAUAUAAUUAAUCGAUUAUGUAAGUUAGAUUUAAAAAAUACAUAUUAUGGAUCACCGUUAGUACAAAACUUAAUAAAUAAGUUACCGAAAAUCAAAACAAAUGAGAAUGUAGCUGAAGUCAUUGAAAAUCUACUUAACACUACUAAAUCGAGUCCUAUAACAGCUUUAAAUGAAAUUUAUGUAGUAAUAUUUGAUGAUGGUUUCGUAACGGAUUUAAAAAAUCCAAAUAAAGUAAAUAUUUUGAAGGGAAUAAUGAACAGUUCUGAACUUGAAUCUAAAUACAUUGCUGAAGCAUUUAGUGAAAUUUUGAAUGAUUCGGAAGACUCUAAAUUACGUUCAGCAUUUGAACAUAUAGCAGAAGAAAAUAUUGAGUUAUUAAAAGAAGUAAAAUUAAAAAUUGACAUGAAAAAAGUUAAUAAUGAAAAAGAAGCAAUUGAAGCAUUACAGUGGGCAAUUGUUAGUGUCAUUAAUAAAAAUAGUGAAAUAACCGUCAAUCAAAUGUUAAAAGACAAUAAAAGUGAACAGUUCAAUCGUUUGUUAUCUGAUGCGGUUGGUCUUGCUAAAGCGUUAGGACUGAAAGAAGUUGCUUCAGUACUUAUGGAUGUUUUAGAUGAUCGAAGGUCAGCUGAUAUAUUGGCUUCAGAUAAAAUAACAAUAGAAAUAUUAAGACGAUUGACCGUAAUGAGAAAACUUGCUGAAAGACGUCCAGAAUUUAGUGAAACUUUAAACGGGAUGUCUGCUGACCCAAUUGAAGCUAGAUUGGAUCCAAAAUUACGUGAACUAGUCAGAGAAAGUGGAGUGUUAUUACUUCCUCCAGAAACGAGCGUUGAAACAUCGUUUGAUGUUCCUGCUGAAUUAUUUAGUCCAGGAAAUAGUUUAGCAAUGGAGGAUUUUAUGGUAAAAUCAAGAAAAAUGGGAAUUUUACUAAUAAUUAAAAAUGGUCUUCAAGCUGUAGUACCACGAGAAGCAGCCAGAUCAGUUUUAACAGGGCAGGUUCCAUACACUGUUUUAGAUGAAAGUGGCAUGCACAGAUUUGAACCAAUGAACGUACUAGAUGUUUUAAAGAUUCGUGCAUUUAGCUCAGGAAGAUAUUCAAUGUACAAUUGUGCUGUACAAAAAACGCUAACGGAAGAUGAGGGAACUAUUACUCGUGGUAGCUCAAUUAGUUUGGAUGAUAGACAAUUAACAAUUGGAGAGGGUGGCGGAGACGAAUAUGAGGUACUUCAAGAUUACGAAACAGAACCGGUUGAUGGUGCUGAUGAAGAAGAUGAUUUGAUUUUGGAACCUGGUGAUAAAGUUGUUGUACUAAAACAGUCAAAAGAUGACCCCUCAAUGGGCGCCGAGGUAAAACGAAAUUUACUGUUGGACAAUGCAGCGGCCAAACAUAAAAUGUCAGUACGACCAAAUAAAGUACAUCCAACCAAACACAAACCCUUGGAUGCAGACGGGUCAUUGGUUCAAAGUCUUGACGAGCCAACUAAAAUGGGAUAUGUACCUAAUAGCAUUCUUAAAAAAAUACCGGCUCCAGUUAGAGCGACAGCCGUGGUUCCAGCAGAAGGACAAACGUUAUCGAAAAAGGAUGCAAAAUUUAAUAGAGAUGUGGUACUCGCAGAAUUAGUAGAAACUGAAGAAGAAUUUGGUCAAGAUAUUCAAGAAGUAGUAGAUAGAUAUUUAAAUCCUUUAGAGUUAAAUGACGCACCCAGAAUAGUGAGAGAUAAUAAAGAUCUCAUAUUCAAUAAUUUAAAACAAAUAUCGCAAUUUCAUAACACAGUUCUCAUUGCUGGAUUAAAAUAUGCAGCUAGUGAACCAAAAACUAUGGGCAGAACAUUUCUUCGUUUAGAAAGAGAUUUUGAUAAGCAUGUUAAUUAUUGUCAGACGGAACCAGAUGCACAAGAUUUUUUGGAAUGCAAUUAUGAAGUACGCGAUUAUUUUGAGGAUGAGAGAUUGAAAGUUGGUGAUGAUAAAGCUCUUUCAGAACACUUGAAAUUACCAAUACAACGCAUAAACGACUAUCAAUUAUUACUCAAGGAACUAGUUAAAUAUUCAUUACUCAUAGGAGAAGAUACUACUGACUUAGAAAGAGCUCUUGAAUUGAUGCUAUCAAUUCCACACCGAUUUACCGACACGAAAUUUUUAACUAAUAUAGAAGGAUUUCAUGGCACUAUACACAAAUUGGGCCGAUUAUUAAAACACGGUUGGUACUACGUACAAGACGCCGAAGACCCAAAAGGACACCAGCGCUAUUGCUUUUUAUUCAAAUCUAGAAUCCUUGUCUGUAAAGUUCGUCGAAUAUCCGAAGAUAGAUCUGUAUUCGUACUAAAGGAUAUAAUUCGAUUACCUGAAGUUACCGUAAAAGCAGCACCAGACAACAAGCGUGUAUGGGUACUCCAUCAUAGACUAGGAGAAGUUGGAAAUUAUCCUUUCACUUUUAGAGCUAAUGAAGAUUUAAGUCGGGAUCAGUGGAUUACAGAAAUCGAAGAACAUAGAAACGAUUUACGUGAAAAAGAAGAUUUACAAGAUCAAUUUUGGGAGCGUGAAUUUGUAUCUAUAACAGAAACUUCUAAAUCUUCUGUAACAGUGACAAAUGUUGAACAUAACAGUGACGAUAUCAAAGUACAAAAACAAAAGGAUGAAGAUUUAUUUGAACCACUUAAAGGUAUCGAAUUAGAUAUUUCUAAAGAAAUUGAAGAAGGCUUAGAUCCCAUUGAAAGACGACUAGCACCAAAACCAUUAAAGCACGUUGAGGAGCCAAAACGUCCACCGCUUACACUUCCACCUAAAGAACCAAUAUUUGAAUGCACAUCACCGCCUGAACCUAAGAAACGCCCAGAACCCGAGGUCAAAGUUGAAGAAACCCCAGUGACUGAAAUGCCUGUUCCGGAAAAAGAGGUUAUUGUUGAAAAGGAAAUUAAAGAAGAAAUACCAAUUCCACCAAUAGAACCGGUUCCAACUGAGCCUCCGCCACCUGAAAGGUCUCCUUCACCAGCUGAAGAAGAAAUUGAAUCCGAACCAUUAAAAUAUGUAGAAGGUGUUUCAAAACCUUAUUUCCAUGUCAAUAUUAAAGGAACUAAUCACGGAGGUGUUAUUGAAGAGUGUAAUGAAUGGUGGGACACUAAGGGUGAAUUUAAAUCAGGAAGAUCAAUGAAUAAUGAAUCUUCUCUCGCAGUCGGGGAAAAUGCAACAUUUGAAUGUGAAAUUGAGGGUGCCACGAAAGUCACAUGGUUGAAAAAUAAUAUGCCAUUACCAAAUACUAUUGCCAGUCGAACUACUAUAACAGAAGAUAAAGAAAACAAUAUUUAUAAAUUACAAAUAAAUAAAGUAAUAAUGUCAGAUUCAGGAACUUAUACAGUUAAAGCUGAAAAUGAUUUUGGAGAGUCUACGAGUACAGCGCUAUUAUUUGUAGAAAAUCUUUCAGCAGACGAAAAGAAAGCAAGAGCUAAAGCAAACGCCCCAAUUUUUGCUGUCAAGCUUGCUGAUACUCAGCUUUUAGAGAACACUCAUGCUAGAUUUAUGAUUGAGAUAAAAGCAAAUCCAUUGCCUAAAUUGAGAUUUUUCAAAGGAGAAAAAGAAAUAACUGAUGAAGACACAAGAAUACAAAUAUUAGAAGUAAAUAAAGAAAAAGGUCUCUAUGAAAUGAUAUUACCUAAUGUAAAACAAGAAGAUGCAGGAGAAUAUCGAGUAAUUGCUAGUAAUAAAUACUCCGAAGAAUCGUGUUCUUGUCAUGUUUCUGUUACUAAUGAAAAAGACUUAUGGGCUGGAAUGCAAACAGUGGUACCUGAUGGUACUCCACAUUUUACUUGGUUGAAAAAUGGAAAGCCAUUUAAUCCUGAAGAACGGUUUAAAGUUUUAUUCAAGGACGACGAGGAUUCAUUGGCAUUAGUGUUCCAAAAUGUAAAACCAGAAGAUGCUGGUUUAUAUACUUGUAUCGCUUCUACAUGCCAUGGAAAGAUAUCAUGUAGUGCUGAGCUUAGUGUACAAGGUGUUGUUAAAGAACUAAAUUUGCCUUAUGCUCCAAGAGUAACUGCUGACAUGAAAGAAUUUGAAACAAAGAUCCAAAGCACAGCAAUCUUAGAGGCUAAAGUAAUCGGUGAUCCUCAACCAGAUAUAAUAUGGUUUAAAAACGAUGAAGAAAUACAAGAAAAUGAACGAAUAAAAUUCAUGUUUGAAGAUGAAAUUGCUGCUAUUGUAAUAAAAAAUGUUGAGGUUGAAGACGAAGGAGAAUAUAAAGUAUUUGCAAAAAAUGAUUUAGGAUCUGAUACGGAAACUAUCAACUUAUUGAUUAAAGCCGCUCCGAAGUUUAGAAAAAAUUUAAUUGAUUAUGAAGGUGUUACUGGAAAAGAAAUAACAUUAACUGUUGAAAUUGAAGCGUCUCCUAAACCAAUAGUACAAUGGUAUAAAGAUAGUAAAGUUAUAAAAAAGUCGAAUAGAAUAAAAUAUGUCACCGAUGAAGUAUCAGGAGUCUAUACCUUAAUUAUUCAAGAUUGUAAAAUGGAAGAUGUUGGCUUAUACUCAGUUGUUGCUUCUAAUCAAUUUAGUCAAAUAUCUGAUGCUUGUCGAAUUAAUCUUCAAAUGCCUCCUCAAUUUAUUGGUGCUUUAGCCAAGGAAGUAGAAACUUUAGAAGGCGAUUAUGUAUCUUUGAGCGUGAGAGUAGAAGGAGAUCCACCACCUCAAGUUAAAUGGUACUUUGAAGACAAAUUGUUAAUUGCUGAUAAAACACACAUAAAAAUUAACGCUGUAGAAGACGUUCACACUCUUUUAAUUAGUAAUCUUACAAGGGAAGAUUCAGGCAAAUAUACGUGUGAGAUAAGCAACGAGUUUGGAAAAAAUACGAGUGAAGGAAAAUUAUUAGUCAAAUGUCCACCGAUUUUUGAAACUCCUUUAAUAGAUACAAAAGCAGUUGAAGGAGAUACAAAUGUAGAAUUUACUGUAAAACUGAAUUCUUAUCCUAAAUCAUCAAUUCAAUGGUUCCGUGAAGAAGAAGAAAUAACAGAAACAACUACAGAAUUCACUUGUUUCGAAGAUGGAGAUAAUUUCAAGCUAAUUAUAAAAGAAGCAAAAACUAAAUUAGCAGGAACAUAUAAAUGUAGAGCAACAAACGAAAUUGGAACUUACGAUUCAGAAGCCACUCUUACAGUUAUGUCACAACCUACAUUUAAAAAAGGAUUAAGGGAUAUGGAGGUAACAGAAGGAGGAAUGCUUAAACUACAAGUAACUUGCUUUGGUAGCCCUGCUCCUGAAAUUAAAUGGUUUAAAGACGGAAAAGAAGUACGUAGUGAUGCACACAUCAAAAUAUCAAAAGACAAAAAAAGGGUGGAAAAUUUCAGUCUUACCGUUAAUCUUGUAAAAGUAGAAGAUGGUGGAGAAUAUGAGGUUAGAGCUACUAACGAAAUGGGAACGGCUAUUACCAAGAGUAUAGUUAAUAUUUUAGCUAAGCAUUCAACUGAUAUCAAAGAAGACGAUAAUGAAUCAGCUGAAAAUAAAAAUGAGGAUAUUGAAGAAAAUGUAGAUAAAAAAGAAAAAGUGACAUUGCCAAUCAAAAUCAACAGCCAGGAAAGCUGCAGGGAAAAAUUAGUGGAAAUAAAUGUUGAAGAAGAUAGAAAAAUUGGUAUUUCAUCGAUAAUAAAUAUAGAUGGUGAUAGAUCUAUCAAAACAGAGGAAAGCUUAGUUAUAAUGAGCAGCCAAUCAGGAGAGUUUAGUUGCGUGGAAAUGAGCUGGGAAGAAUCUUCUACUAAAUGUAGAAAUUACUAUGGUAUUGUUGAGGAACCAAGGGAUGAACGAAUUAUACCAAUUAAAAUGGACAGAAGUAUAUCAAUACACACAGCAUCCGACGAAGAAGAAGAACCGUUUUGGGUUAUUGAAAGCGUUAAAAAACAUGAAGAAGUAAAAAAUGAAAUUAAAAAAAUGAAAGAAAAUAAAAACUCUCAAGCGUUAUUGGGAGAUAGUUAUGAUGAAGACGACGAUAACUCUUUAGUAGAAUUACUUAAAAGAGUUCAAAAACAACGAAAUGAUUUAGAAAAUAUAUUGGAAAAAGAAAACCAAAAGGAAAAUAUUAUUAAUCCUGAUAAAUUUGAAGUAAAUCGUUCAGAAAAUAUACUAUCACGAAGCAAUAGUGUAUUAAGUGAAUCAUCUACUCUAAAAGCAAGAUCAGUUUCAAGGUUAUCAUCAUUAGAAGAGAAUACAAGGACGGGUGAGCUAUCCGAUACUUCAGUAAAUGAAUUGAUUUCUGUUAAUUCAAAUUCUUGUACAAAAAAUAAAAAAGAAACCUCAUUUAUAACGGAGAAUUUAUCAAAAGAGCUGAUUAGUAAUAGUAUCAAUAAUUCAGAUGGAUCAAAAAAAGCAGUUUUAACGCAUACUUUAUAUACUGAUGCAUUAGGAAAUAGUCGCGAACAUCUAGAUGAAAAAUACUCAAAACACGAAGGAAGUAUUUUGAAUAGUACUGAUAGAAUUUCAAUGUCAAGACUGCCUUCUAUAGAAGAAUGUGAUAACUCUUUUUCACCAAGGAAAAAUAUAAAAGAGUUUUCUGAAAUACCAAAAAGAUCAUCUUUGUCUAGAUUGUCUUCUACUGAGUACACACAAAAGGAUAUUGUACUGGAAAAAUCUAUUUCACCUACAAUUAAACAAGAUGAAUUAAAUAAAGAUGUUUCCAAAUCACUUCUUCAAGAUAAAACAGAAGAUAAUGAAUUAACAACAAUUAAUAAUAAAUUCAAACCUAUAUCAGAACAAAAUUUAAAUGAUUCAAUUAAUAUUUUGACUAAUAAUGAAAAUUUAAACAAUAUAAAUAAUAAACCAAAAAAUAAUUACAUAAAGGAUUUAGACAAUGUUAAAUCAAACGAACCUAGUCCUUUACGUCUUUCAAAUACCGAUGAAGCUGACUUUCGUAGAAAAUCAUUAAUUAGACAAUCUAGUAUGAUAAGUGAUGCUCUAAGUGCGAUGUGUGCUGAAAUACCAGAGGAUAAUAAAUAUAAAAAACAAAAAAGGUUUUCUAUUAACGAAGAUAAUGGUAAAAUGAUAGAUUCUCUAGUUAGAAAACCAAGUUUUUCAAAUGAUGAAAAUAUCACUAAUUUGGAAAAAAAAAUAAUCACCAAAUUAGAUGUUGACAAUAAUGAGUCAAAAAUAGCUGAAAAAUCAAAUACAGAACCAUUAAGAAAAUCCGUAAGCCCAGAGUUAAAUCAAAAAAAAAUGAACGAUUUAAACAUUAUAAAAGCAGAUUCUGAUCUUUCAAAUGAUAAAAAUAAAAUGUCUUUAUUAGAUGAAGAAAAUAAUUUAAAUAACGAAAAACCAUCAGUAUCUAAAUCUUUACCAAAAGAUAGUAUUUUAUCAAGUGAUGAUAUUCAAAAUUCAACGAACGAUUUGCAACCUAAUGAUUCAACAAAUGCUACAUUUUUAUCCAAACCAAAAGACACGAGUAACUUACAAACUCCUAUCAAGGAAAAUUUAGAAAACAAAGAAGACGAUGUAGUUAAACAAUCUUCGUCAAAUGUAUUAGAUAAUAAACAUGGAAAUAAGUCAACCCUUGGAACGGAACAAACAGAAGAUAUUGUACGUACCAACAACACGGAUUCAUCGCCUAAUAAUUCUCCUUUAUUAAAUGAGAUUGAUAAUUCAAAAAAUAUAGAAAACGAUUUACAGCCUAAUGAUUCAAUUCCUCUGUCAUUAACGAAAGAAAAAAUAGAUACCGACAUUCUAAAUAUUCCAAUAAAUAAACUUUUAGUUAAUGAAGAAAAUGAUAUAAAUAACACGAAAACUGGAGAGACCACAGAAAUAGUUGAUAAAAUAAAUAAAGAGUAUUCUCCAGAUGAUAUGAUUGAAGAAAAUAAAAAUGUAUCAGAAUCAAAAAUCGAAAAUACAUCAAAGGAAGAAAACUAUGAUAAACCAAGCAGUGGAGAAAAACAAAUAGGAGUGCCUCCAAAAAUUAUAUCUGGUAUGGAUGAUGAUGAAACUUAUGAAUCACUUACAAAAGUAUUUAAUGUCAAAGCUCGUGGUGCUCCUAAGCCUAAAGUUCAAUGGUUCAAAGACGGCAAUGAAUUAUCAAAUACUAGAAAUAUCCAAAUUAAUGAUUCUAAUGAAGAUGAAACAUUUAAAUUAACUAUUCAAGAUUUAAGAGUAGCAGAUUCUGGUUCAUAUUGCUGUAAACUAACUAAUGAAGUUGGAGAAGACAUGAAAUCAGCAAAACUUAACGUGCAAGAUGUAGAGUUGCUUCGUGGUCCCAAAAUAAGAAAACCAUUAUCUGAUAUAGAAGUUAUAAAAGGCCAAAAAGUUGAAUGGUCAAUAACGCUUAUAGCUGAUCCCAUUCCUGAAGUGGAAUGGACUUGUGAUGGUAAAAAUGUUAAUGCUGACUUUACUGUUGUUUCAUCUGAAAUAGCUAAUGGACUCAAAGAAUGUACAUUCACAAUGACAAUUCCAACUUCUGAACUUAGUGAUACCGGUCUUUACCGAGUGAAAGCGACUAAUAAAUUUGAUUCAGCUGAAUGUAGCGCUCAUUUAGAUAUAGUAAUGAAACCAGAAAUAGAAGGAUUCCAUGAUGUCACUGUAAUACCUUCAAUGGAAGCGGUAUUUGAAGCAAUUAUUCAUGCAGUACCAAAACCGAAAAUAGUAUGGACAGUAAAUGGAAAAGAUUUAGCAGAACGAGAAUUUGUUAACCUUACAAGUGAAGAAUUAGAAAAAGAUAUAACAAAAUUCAAAAUAGUUAUUGGAGAUGUAAAUCCAGAAGAGGAAGGUGAAUAUGUAGUGAAAGCUUGGAAUAAAGUGGGUGAAACGACUGCCAUAGCUAACCUUAAACUUCAUACUGAGGAACCUUCAUUUGUUAAAUUGAUGGAAGAUUUAACAAUACAAGAAUAUGAAGAAGUGCAGCUUUCUGUACGAGUUAAUGGAAUUCCAAAACCUAAAAUCACUUGGUUUAAAAAUGGGGAAGUUAUAAUACCUGACUUAAGAAUCAGCAUACAUACAAAUGAAGAAGGCCAAAUUAAAAGUACCCUUACUAUAGAUCAUUUCAGUGGUUUAGAUGUUGCAAACUUCUCAGUUAAAGCUGUAAAUAUGAUGGGUGAAGCUGAAACAUCAUCCAAUUUAACUAUGGCGGAAAUAAUGCCUUCGUUUGUAAAACCUCUUGAACGGAUAACAGAAGGCGUUGAAGGAUCGCCAAUUGAAAUUCAAACACAACUUAUUGGAAGCCCUCGUCCCCAUGUUGCAUGGUAUAAAGAUGGCGAAGAGAUAAAAAAUACAGAAGAAGAUAACAAAGAUGACGAACAACAACAUAUUACCCUAGAAGCAAAUCCAAAUGGAACUGUUGUGAUGAAAAUUGAUAAAGUUGAACAAGGAGAUUGUGGUGCAUAUAAAAUUAUAGCAACUAAUAAUUUUGGUACAAGUGCUACUAAUACUGCAUUAGUAGUAAAUGAAUUACCGAAAAAACCGAUUUUAAUUAAACAUCCGAAUCAAGUGGACGUCAAUGAGAAUGAAGUUUUAAAAAUAGAAGCUCAAUACGUAGCAUAUCCAGAUGCUAUUGUAAAAUGGUAUAAAGAUGGACAUGUAUUGCAUCCUUGUCCUCAGAUUGAUUUUGUUAUGGGUCCCAAUGGAAAUAUUGCUCUAGUAAUUGAAAAAUCAACGCUUGGAGACGCUGGUGAUUACGAAAUUGUUGUAUCAAAUGAACUGGGUAAAGCUAAUGGUCAAAUAAAAGUUAAAAUAAACCCGGCAGCUACAGCACCAGCUUUUAUUAUGCCGUUAAGAGAUUCUAAAGUAGUGGAAGGAUUUCCUGCAAAAUUGCCUUUUAGAUUAUCUGGUUUUCCGCUUCCAAAAAUUGCAUGGACAAUCGAUGAUAAGCCAUUAGUCGUCGACGGGGAAAAAAUCAAGAUGGCACAUGAACCUGAUGGUCUACAUUACUUGUUAAUUGAAAAAGCUGGUCCAGAACAUGCAGGCAAGCUUGCAAUAAUUGCUUCAAAUGAUAAUGGAAAUACUAUAUCAGAAGCCAAACUUUCAGUAACUUCAAAAAUAAACACCGAUUCGUUGGAAUCUAAACCAGAAUUCCUUCACGGACUUAAAGAUACCACAGUAGAAGAAAGCAAUGCAUUAACGUUAUUAGCUCCGUUCCUUGGUAAUCCUAUACCAGAUGUCAAGUGGGAAAAAGAUGGAAAAAUAUUGCAGCCAUGCAAUAAAGUUCAUUUUACUUGUGAUGGUUAUAAAGUUGGACUUGAAAUACUUGAUACCAAUACGGGAGAUGCCGGACAGUAUACUUGUACUCUAACAAAUAAUCUAGGAUCUUCCAAAUCAGAAUGUCAAGUUGGCAUUCGUAAACUUUAUCAAGCUCCUGUUUUUACGCAGCGCUUUUCACAUAAUCAACAAUUGCUUUCGAGAGAUGCAAAAUUCCAUGCUCGUGUCACCGGAGUUCCAUCUCCAAAUAUUAUAUGGCAUAAGAAUGGACAUCAAUUGACAAAUGGGGAUAAGUACAAAUUAAAACGUGAUGGGGAAGUUUGUAGUCUAACUAUAAGUGAUGUCAAUGGUGAUGAUGCGGGGUUAUACAGCUGUAUUGCAACCAACAGAGACGGAACAGCUACAUGCGAAGCGCAGCUUUCAAUUGCUCCACGAAUUGUUGAUGAAUCUAGAAAACAAGAACCACCGUCCUUCAUGAAGAAAAUAGGUGAUUGUGAAGUGUUUGAUGGAAUGACAGCCAAAUUUACCGCAUGUGCUACUGGAUGGCCAGAACCUGAAUAUGAGUGGUUCUUAGACACUAAUAGAUUAUAUGAAACUGAAAGGAUUAGAAUGGAAAAAGAAGGUUCUGGUUUGUUACGAUUAAAAAUAUUACACGCGGACUCAAUUAUUGAUUCUGGUCGAUACAAAUUACGAAUCUUUAACCCACAUGGAGAAGCAUAUUGUGAAGCAAGCAUUAUAUUUGAUAAUGGUUUGGAUUCACGUUCAAAACGUCCCGUCGGUGAACUUUACAAAGACUUUGAUCGAUAUCGUGCAACUGGAGCACCACUUCCAUUACCUGAUCCUCCUACAAUAACCCGUAUGUCUGAUAAAAGGCUUACUCUUUCGUGGAAACCUUCAUUACCUAUCACACCAAGGACUCCAGUAACAUAUUUAGUAGAAAUGGAAGAACAGCCAAAAGGCGAAUGGACUACAGUGAGAGCUGGUAUUCGAGGUUGCGCUUGCGAUAUACAUAAUUUAAUUCCAUUUAGAGAUUAUAAAUUUCGAGUAAGAGUUGAGAAUAACUAUGGAAUUAGUGAUCCCUCACCAUUUGUCUUAACAUACAGAGAAAAAUUAGAACCAGACCCGCCAAAAUUCACUCCUUAUCUGCCAAUAGGAACUGACUUUAAGCCAGAAUCAUCUCCUUAUUUCCCAAAAGAUUUUGAUAUUGAAAGACCUCCUCACGAUAACUAUGCCCAAGCGCCAAAAUUUUUACAUCAGGAACACGAUACGCAAUAUGGUGUUAAAGGUCAUAAUGUAAAUUUAUAUUGGUUCGUUUAUGGGUAUCCGAAACCAAAAAUGCAAUACUAUUUUGAUAACCAGUUAAUAGAAAUGGGUGGUCGUUAUGACUCGAGCUAUACAAGAAAUGGCCAAGUUACAUUGUUUAUCAAUAAGAUGUUGGAUCGAGAUAUAGGAACAUAUGAAGCUGUUGCUACAAAUGAACAUGGAACAGCUAGACAAAGAGUUAGAUUGCAAAUUGCUGAAUAUCCGAAGUUCUUAAAAAGGCCCGAAGAAAUGUAUGUAAUAUUACGCAAAAACUGUAAAUUAGAAGCUAGAGUGAUAGGUGUUCCGUAUCCAGAAAUAAAAUGGUUUAAAGAUUGGAAACCAUUGGUCGAUUCAGCUAGAGUUCAAAUUGAACAAGUAGAACCAGACGUUUGUAUAUUACGUAUCGAAGAUGUUAUCAUGAAAGACGAGGGAUUGUAUAGUAUAAGUGCUCGUAAUUUAGCUGGAUCAAUAUCUACUUCAGUAGCUAUACAUGUUGAGGACCGAGAAUCUGAUUAUUCAUAUAACGGUAAAACUGAUAUAAAAUGGAAAAAAAAAGAUUUUUCGGAACUAUAUGAUAUUGGUGACGAGUUGGGACGCGGUACGCAAGGUGUUGUUUACCACGCUGUAGAAAGGUCAACAGGAAGAAAUUACGCUGCUAAGGUUAUGCAUGCAAAAGGAGAUCAUUUGACGAAACUAAUGGAUAAUGAACUGAAAAUAAUGACUGAUUUGAGCAAUAGACGAAUUAUUCGUAUUCAUGAUGCAUUACAGACUUCUAGAACAUACACUCUGAUCACAGAACUUGCUGGAGGUGGUGAACUUUUGGAUAUUCUAACCAAACAUUCUUUCUUUACGGAGUAUGAUAUAGCUUCAUACAUAAUUCAACUACUGAAAGCUUUGAAGCACAUGCACGAUUUUGAAAUUGCUCAUUUGGGACUCACACCUGGAGAUUUACUGAUAUCUCACCCAGGAGGCGAUACAUUAAAGCUAUGUGAUUUCGGGCUCAGCAGAAAAAUCAACAGAAGAAAAUUGGAACCAGUUGAUUAUGGUAUGCCAGAGUUUAUUUCUCCGGAAAUAGCUAAAGGAGAAGGUGUUGACCUUUCAUCCGAUAUGUGGUCAGUCGGAGUUAUAACUCAUUUACUUUUAACUGGGGUGUCAUUAUUCCGUUGUGUUAAUGACGCUGAUACCUUGAAUAGAGUUAAAAGUGGUUCCUAUACACUUAGUACAAAAAUAAGCGAUUUAGCUAGAGACUUUAUCUCAAAACUAUUAGUAUUCAAUCCUAAUGAUCGUUUGGAUGUUAUAAGUGCUCUACAACAUCCAUGGUUACAAUUUGGUGAAGAUAUACCAGCAGGAACUAGUCAAAUAAACACAGAUCCUCUUCGAAAUUAUUACAAUAACUUGAAAGAUUGGUAUAGUAACUCGUCUUGUAGAAAUUGGUAUAGGUGCCGCCCAUUAUCUUCUGCGUACACUCAUCCAUCAAAAAUGAUUUAUCCACCUGGUAUAACUUGCACUCCUAGUCCUACUCCAGAACCAGAACCAAAGCCACAAAAGAAACAUUUGCCGUCAUGGAAAGAUAAACUUCCAUCCAAAGAGCCAAUAGAUACAGAAAUUGGAAUAAUUAAAUCUGAGAGUCACUAUCAAUAUGGUCCUGAUACAUAUUUAUUACAACUAAGAGACACAAAUUUCCCAGUGCGUUUAAGGGAAUAUAUGAAAGUUGCCGGUAAAAGUUUAACACAUAGAGGAGGAAGCGACUCACAUUUAGACUGGGAGGCUCCAGUUAUACGGGAAAGAAGAAAAUUUACAGAUAUCAUGGAUGAAGAAAUUGAAGAUGAACAAAAAGCCAGGAUCAGCAAAUAUGGAGCUGACAUAUACACGUUGAGAAGACUUAAACAAGAAAUAGGUUCCAGACCAACUGCUCAUGUAGAAGCAGAAGCAAUUUUAGAAUCAAGAAUUGAUGGUCAACCCCCAUUCUUUAGAGAAAAGCCACAAAAAUUACCUGUUGAACCUGAUAAGCCAGCUGAUCUUAUGUGUUUAGCUGUGGGUGUACCAAAACCAUUAGUUCAAUGGUUUAAAAAUGACAUAGUUUUAACUGAAAGUCAUAGAAUAAAAAUGUUAGAAGACAAUGAUGGAAGAUCUAUCCUCAGAUUAGAUCCAGCUACAGAGUUAGAUCUAGGAAUUUAUAAGGUUGUGGCGAGAAAUAAAUUUGGACAAACAACAGCAAGAGCUCGGCUUGUUUUAGCACAUGAACCUGGACCUAUGGAAGCUCCAAUAGUGAAAGAAUAUUCUGAUACUGAAAUUUUAUUACGAUGGGAUCAUCCAAAACAUGAUGGAAAUGCUCCAAUAUUGUGUUAUCAAUUAGAAGUACGAGAAAAUGAAAGUGAAUGGGAAUUGGUGGCUAAAAAUAUUGAUCACGAAUUUUGGUUAAUGCAAAACCUUCGACCUUACACAAAUUAUGAAUUCAGAUUGGCAGCAAUGAACCAUAUUGGUUGGGGUCCAACUGGACCAUCUUCUCCAAUAGUUCGAACACAUUUCCCCGAUGCGCAAAAAUUGGAAGUUCCAUCGGCGAUGUUAAAUCUACAGAUAAUAACUGAAAGUGGACGAGAAAUAAUUGGUGAUGAGCCUCGCAAUAAUUUAGAUUAUUCACUUGAAUAUAAACCAAUAGAUUGGGCUGAACAGCCUCCCAUUGAAAAAUAUCGUUUUAUUUCUGAAAUUGCAAGAGGCCGAUUUUCCGUAGUACUUAAAGGCAUAAACACAUCAAAUGAUUCAAUUGUAGUAGCGAAAUUAUUGGAGAUUACGCCCGACACUGAAUCACGAGUUACACACGAGUUUAAUGUUCUUAAAUCAUUAAAACACGAAAGAAUAGCAUACCUCGUUGAAGCUUUUAAAUUAGAAAAUGCACCUGUUGCUGUUUUCAUUCAAGAAAAAUUACAAGGAGCAGAUAUACUGACUUACUUAUCAACAAAAGAGAAUUAUUCAGAACAAACUGUUGCUACUAUCGUCACUCAAGUAUUAGACGGAUUGCAAUACUUACACUGGCGAGGUUAUGCCCAUUUGGAUCUGCAACCGGACAACAUAGUGAUGGCUUCCGUGCGUACCAUACACGUCAAACUAAUCGACUUUGGAUGCUCGCAGAAAGUCAGUAAACUUGGAGCAGUUGUAGGUGCAAACAGCGUCUUGGAGUUUACAGCACCGGAGAUUUUGUGCGACGAACCUGCGUACCCGUACUCCGAUAUUUGGUCUCUCGGAGUGAUUGCAUACACAUUACUUUCUGGCAUGUCACCGUUCCGAGGUGCCAACGAUACGGAGACCAGGCAGAACAUCACAUUUGUUCGAUAUAGAUUUGAAUAUCUAUACAAGGACUUAUCACAGGAAGCCACUAGAUUUUUAAUGUUAUUAUUUAAAAGAACACCGACAAAACGACCAUCAGCAGAAGAAUGCCAUGAACAUAGAUGGUUAUUGCCCACAGAGUAUAUGAUUAAGAAAAGAGAAAAGACCAUGUUUAAUUCUUACAAAUUACAGCAUUUUGCCAAGGAGUAUCAUGAAAACAGGACCAAAUUUGCAACUUCAUCACAAAAAUUGUUGGGAGCCUUGGGAACAAGACAAAUUGGACUUGGUCGAUCAAAUAGCGUAGUUGAUGAACUGCUUAUAUUCAAAUAAAUGUAGCAGAAAUGACGACUUCACCAAUUUAAUAUAAAGUUAAUUUUAAAUGUUAUUAUACCAGAAACAUUACAAUGUUAUUAUAUUAUAUUAUAAUCAAUGUAAUUAUACAUGUUUUAUUGAUUAAAUUAUUGUUAAUUUAAAAUUAAUAA